AUGAUUCACAGGGUGGCACCAAUGGCCUGCAGGUGGAGCAUGGCGAGCAGUGCCCUGCUUUGGUCCGCGGCCAUCGUUUAUCUGACCCAUGUCAGUCACGUCAGCGGAGAUUGCUGGUUAAUCGAAGGCGAAAAGGGCUUUGUGUGGCUGGCCAUCUGUAGCCAAAAUCAACCACCUUACGAGGCCAUCCCGCAGCACAUUAACAGCACCAUUGUGGACCUUCGCAUGAAUGAAAACAAGAUUAAAAGUAUUCAGUACUCUGCCCUGAGUCGCUUUGCCAACCUGACCUACCUGAACCUGACCAAGAAUGAAAUAUCCUACAUCGAGGACGGGGCCUUUUCAGCUCAAUUCAACUUACAAGUUCUUCAAAUGGGCUUCAACAAGUUACGGAACCUAACAGAGGGGAUCCUCAGGGGUCUUGGAAAGCUGCAGUACCUCUACCUCCAGGCAAACCUGAUUGAGACUGUGACACCCAAUGCCUUUUGGGAAUGCCCCAACAUCGAGAACAUUGACUUGUCCAUGAACCGAAUCCAACAGUUGGACGGCUCCACGUUCACUAGUCUGACUAAGCUGACCACCUGCGAGCUGUACACAAACCCUUUUAACUGCUCCUGUGAACUGUUCGGUUUUGUCAAGUGGCUCUCAGUGUUCCCCAACAGGACAAACGAGCGGAUGGUCUGCGACUCCCCGAGCGGCGUGUCUGGCUACAGUCUUCUAAGUCAGAACCCAAACAAUCCCACGUAUCGAAACGCUCUUUAUAUGCUCACCACUGUGUGCACCGAUGACUACGUCACGCCAUUUUUUCCAUUGCCAUUGGAGCCCACAACACCCCCACCAGACUUCACCCUAUGUGGGCUAGAGGAUUGCCCAUCAGGAACAGAGCCAGAAGACGUCAUUACCCACAAUAUCAGUACAACCAACAGUGAGGUGGAAGCAAAUCCGCUGAUGAAACUGAAGCAAGUGUCCAACACAGGCGCCACCAUCACCGUUCAGAUUCCUCAUCCUUACAAAAAGAUGUACAUCUUAGUUCUGUACAACAACAGCUUUUUUACAGAUAUCCAAACCCUUAAAGAAAUCAAGGAGGACGUUGACCUUAAGAACCUCAAACCUCACACAAACUACACUUAUUGUGUGGCUUCCAUUCGGAACUCCCUGAGGCACAACCACACUUGUCUGACCAUCACCACCGGACCCUGGAAGGGGAAGUCGAAGGACGCAAUCAACGCGACUGCCACUCAUUACAUCAUGACCAUCUUGGGCUGCCUUUUUAGCAUGGUCAUCUUUCUUGGGGUGGUUUAUUACUGCUUGCGACGGAAGCGCCAGCAAGACGAAAAGCACAAAAAGGCAGGGAGCCUGAAGAAAAACAUAAUGGAACUGAAAUACGGACAAGAACUGGAGGGUGGGACGAUUUCUCGCAUGUCCCAGAAACAGCUGAUGACCGGGGAGAGCAUGACGCGCAUGCCCUACCUACCGCCUGCGAGUGAAAUGGAUCAGUACAAAUUUAAAGAAAUGAGCGAUACUCCUAAAAUGAUGAAGGGGAGUUACAUGGAGGUGCGAAGUCUGGAUCACCACGAACGCAGGGAGUGCGACAUGGGAAUAGCAGGCAACAGCCAGGGCUCCGUGGCUGAGAUUUCGACCAUCGCAAAGGAGGUCGAUAAAGUCAAUCAGAUCAUUAACAACUGCAUCGACGCUCUCAAGACAGACUCCACUUCUUAUCAAGGGGUAAGAUCUGGAGCCGUGUCCAAUGCGGAGCCCCAGCUGGUGCUCAUAUCAGAACAGCCACAGAAUAAAUCGGGCCUCCUGUCCCCUCCGUACAAGGACAGCUACCACCAUUCUCUCCAGAGACAUCGGUCUUCUGAUGUCUCGCCAAAAAGGCCCAGCACCGCCUCAGGAAUGCGAAGCCCCCGGCCUUACCGUACCGAAUCCAGGUACAUUGAGAAAACCUCCCCAACAGGGGACAGCAUCCUCACUGUGACGCCCGCCGCCGCCAUCCUGAGGGCUGAGGCGGAGAAGAUCCGUCAGUACAGCGACCACCGCCAAUCCUACCCCGACACUCAGAUCGAGGAGCUGGAGGGACCCGACGGCAUGAAGUCGGCCAUGCUGGAGCCUCUCACGCACUCCCGCUCCAGAGACUUGGCUUAUUCCCAGCUGCCGGCUCAGUACCACAAUCUGAGCUACUCUUCUAGUCCGGAGUACUACUGCAAACCUUCACACAGCAUCUGGGAGCGGUUCAAACUCCACCGGAAACGCCACAAAGACGACGACUACAUGGCGGCUGGCCACGCGCUCCGUAAGAAAGUGCAGUUUGCAAAAGAUGAGGACCUGCAUGAUAUUUUGGACUACUGGAAAGGUGUGUCAGCCCAACAUAAAUCGUAA